CCUUUAGUAGUGUUUUCUCGUCCAUGAGUUUGGCGUACGAACCUCUCGAUACAGGUAGUCGCGAGCGGUUAUCAUUCGAACGUCAACAGCAGCAACGCGAUACGAUCAGCGACGUUACCGUCAUGCCAUUUUUCAUAGUACGCCGUCAAAACCCAUUACCGAUUUCAGUGACAGUUCAACAACCGUAAGAUUCGUGCUCGGAUUGGUCGCCGUUCGCAAUAGUUGACCACAGUGCCCAGUUCGUUCUACCUCGCUUGUCGUCGCGAAAAACGGGAUCCUCAUCGUCGAGUGGCCAAAGCUUGACGUCCAUGAGUGCAGUGAUAAAAUUACGUUCGUUCAGCACACUCGAAACCCCCAAUAUGUGCAGUAUUCACGCCUAGCAGUGCCGCGGUGUAUGUAGCGCUCAGUAAGCGGUCCCCGCAGUAGUGUAAAUAAGUGUCAUGUAACACAUGAAAGCCGAAAACGUAGACAGUGCACACAAAAGUCCGUGGAAGCCCUGCCAUCGUGCACCUAUUACGCGAACACAACUUUUCAAUAACACUUGGUCUCAUUACUGUAGCCGUUCGUUAAUUACGUCAAUAAUUUGUUGCGGAUAGUAACAUCCAAAUUCAUUCCGUUUUGUUUUUCACGGGUGAUGUACGCGGUGGUUUUUUUUUUUAAUUAUUUACUAUCGUCUUACGAAAUUCAUCCUUAUACCUUACAUCGUUACCGGUUUUAAAUUUUCGGUUAUUAAUUUACUUUUCGUCCACUUUCAAUUUUUUUUGUGAUCUUAUGGGUAAUAUUGGUUAAAAUUCGUUAUCAGUAAGAAUAUUUUGUUUCAUCUAUAAUAUUGUGUUAUUUAUUUAACCAAAUUAUGUUUAUUAAAACAACUGUGCUCUGCAUCCUGGUAAUUACUACCAUUGUUCAUUCGGUACCUGGGGAUGAAGACGUUGGUCUACCUCCUACGAUCGUACCGACUGUUGACGAUUCUCUGUCUCCUCUACAGACUCCAAAACCACCCGUUGUGAGUCUGGGAUUUGUGCAUGCCUUUGUAGCAUCCCUAUCUGUAAUAAUUGUUUCCGAGUUGGGCGAUAAGACAUUUUUUAUCGCUGCCAUUAUGGCAAUGAGACAUUCAAGAAUCACUGUCUUUAUUGGUGCUAUAUCUGCACUUGCAUUGAUGACAGUGUUAUCUGUUUUAUUUGGGUAUGCAGCAACAAUUAUACCUCGUGAAUAUACAUAUUACAUAUCAACAGCCUUAUUUGCAGUAUUUGGACUUAAAAUGUUAAGAGAAGGAUUUAAAAUGUCUCCUAAUGAAGGACAAGAUGAACUUGAAGAAGUUCAAGCAAAUUUAAGACGAAAAGAUGAUGAGAACAAGAAGAAUAAGAAAGAUCUGUCACCAGUCACCGAAAAAGAUGAUAAAUCGCCAACCGUUCUACCGUCUGUAGUUGAAACUAUCAAUGUGACUGUUGAUAAUUGUACAGAUUUAAAGGAUACAGACAUAGAACAACAAGCUCCAAAAAGAUGUCGUUUACGAAUUGGUAGUGCAAGUUUAUUAAUUGUAUCAAAGACUUUGAUUCAAGCAUUCACAAUGACAUUUUUAGCAGAAUGGGGUGACCGUAGUCAGUUAGCCACUAUUAUUUUAUCAGCUAGAGAAGAUGCUUAUGGUGUUGCUACUGGUGGAGUUCUUGGACAUUCUCUAUGUACAGGUUUAGCUGUCAUAGGUGGUCGUUUUAUUGCUCAAAAAAUAUCUGUUCGGACAGUAACUAUUGUAGGUGGUGUUGUAUUUAUAAUGUUUGCCUUGACCGCACUAAUGUUUGAUCCAAAUGAAUAAUAACCAUAAAAAUGUCAUUUAUAUUGUGGCCAUUGCAAGUUCCAGUUUCAGAACUGUGCAUACUUAGUUUAUCUGUGAUAUUUAUAUUUCACUAUUUUUUUUUUUUAGUAUGCUUUCAAUCAAGUGUAAAGUUCAAUGAGAUCAUAAUAUUGUGUUUGUAUUAAUGACUUAUUUACUAUUUUAUU